AUGGAUAGUAAGAAGCUCACUAUUGAUCUUAGGCGAGCCUUAGAAGAUCAAAGGGAAAAAGCGAUGCGACGCAAUAAACUGGUUCACAGAGGAGGCUACAUCUCGAACGAUUUUGUUCAAAAACUGUUCACUACAGAGAGACUCACGCGCCAGGUGCAACUGAGUACAUCUCCACAAUCUCCGCAGGAACUACAGGACCUCGUAAAUUUUAUCGAGAAACGCGCAACGAAGAUUUUCGCGAUCCUCCUUCUGAUCGACCAGGACGGCCUGAUAGCAGGCUUGUACGGACAACGGCCCGUGGAGGAUGACCGUUCGCUUUUCAAUAAUGCAGAUGCCGCCGCGAGCAAACCUUACUGCACAAUAGAGAGGUUGCAGAAAAUCCCCCCGUUAUGUGCAGUAGCGGAGAAAGUCUACAAAACCCAAUGGGUAUUUCCUGCAGUGCUUUCGCCGAACGUUCACCUCGAUUUCGACCCAAAAUUCUUCAAGUUUCCGUUCCAGACAUCCUCUACAAGGAUUGGGUCUGGUGCAUCCGGACAAGUGCAUCGAGUGGUGUUCGAGAAAGGUUACCUUAAGGGCUUGGAUGACCGUGAUAUAAUCGUCGAAGUUGUGUACAAGAGGAUACGCGAGAACGAUCAGCGUCAGGACGACAUGAAAAGAAUAAUGAAAGAGAUGACGUUCUUAAGACGCCGCCAACACGGCAACAUAUCACCAUUGAUCGCUAGCUUUACUGCUGGCUUAGAGCAACCCACGAAGCCAGAGGACAUGACAAAAUGUUUGUAUUUGCUGUCGCCACGAGCGGACAUGGACAUGCAAGUAUGGUUGGAUCGUGAACCAGACUACAUAGAAGAGACCUACUCCGAUUUAUGGGACACCCAAAGCUUCAAGAACCACAUAUUCGAUUCUAUGCGAGGACUGAUUUCCGGACUGGCUUACAUUCAUCAACAGAUCGGUGAGCAUAUCGGAUAUCACGGGGAUAUCAAGCCGAAGAACAUCCUGAAGUUCCACUCGGAAGGGAAGCUGGCCUGGAAAAUUUGUGACUUUGGCACUUCGAACCUCAAGACGAUCGAUGACACAGCCACUCGGAGUUGGGAAACUACCCUCUAUUGGGCGCCAGAAGAGUUCUCCGUUGAUACGUCAGAAGAUGAGAAUCACGGUCGGUCACACGAUGUCUGGUCGCUGGGUUGUAUAUUCCUUCUCCUAGCCACCGUACUGGAAUACAGAUGGAGCCCUAAAGGGCUAAAAGAAUUCGAAGGACUCCGUGCCAAUGGUAGCACGAACAUGUUGGACCAUGCUUUCAGCAAGUGUCGUCCUCAGAUUACUACCUGGAUAGCCCAGCUCAAGGACAAAUGUAAGGAGUCCAAGGAGCUCCAAGAACUCCUUGAUCUCAUAGCAGCGAUGUUGGAGCCACGCGAAACUCGAAUCUUCUCAUGGGAAGUGGCAGUCGAUCUCUACACGAUCACAGAUCCUAUGAGAACGAAAGAAGAAACUUUGGAUCAUCUUGGCCGAGUGAUUCAAAAAGCGAGAUCUGCGGACCUGGAGCUGAAACACAAACCAAUGGCUCGAGCCAGGGAAGAUUCUAGAAAGGAUGGAAGGUACCGCAGAAUUUUAUUGGAACAUGGAUGGUACGAUGAUAAGACGACUGAAAGAGAGAAGAGAGCAUGUGCUGCUGAGCGCUUUGUGUCGACCCUUCCCACACCUGGAACUGGCGAUCGUAUAUUCGGAAUGGAUGGAGUUCUUGAAGACAUACGUCAACGAUUUGAGAAAACGGAUUUCUUAGCGCUCGUUGGAUUGCGAGGUGUUGGGAAAUCACUGGUUGCCCUUCAUCAUGCUGAUCGUGCUAGCAAGCAGUAUCAGCAAAAGUCUCCUCCAGAGAAGAAUGUCUUCUGGGUAAGCGCGCAUAACAUCGAAGAUUUCCACGACUCAUACGCAGCCAUCGCAGCCAAGUUUGAUGCCGACAAUGCAGGACUUCGCCCACAGGAAAAGCUCUGGGAGUCUGUAAAGCGUCGUCUUGAGCGUAAAUCCACAAAAAAAUGGUUGAUGGUUGUUGACGGACUUGAUCAUGAUUGGGAAACCCGAGUCAUCGGACCCUUCUUACCCCGUACGAAUGGCCAGAUCUUGUUUACCACGCGAAACUAUCUCCUGGUCAAAGAUCUGGUGGUUUGGGAGCAGCGACGGGCCUACAUCGAGAUGCAGUCCCCUGACAGUUCGACAGCCAUGAAGCUAUUCCGAACAUAUGUCGACAACACACUCUUUGAAAAUAGUAGUAAAAACGCCACACGACUCUUAGAAGAGUUCAACUGGCCGGAGAUGAUACGACGAAUAUCGCGAUACAUGAAUGAUAGGCAGCUGACGUGCAGCGAUAUGUAUGACAUCCUCAAGAAGAGAAAAUAUGAGGAAAUGGAACGACUUCUGCCAAGCUUUGCCGAGCAUCUGCUCAUUCCUACCAUAGGAACCUCUCUACGAGAGGAGAACGAGCGGUCCGAUGAACUAAGACUUCUGUUGUUGCUCUGUUUGUUCGACAACGAGGUAGGGCUCGAUCUAAAGCUCAUUCAAGUGGAGUACGAUCAAAAAGACUAUCGGCGAGUAGAAGAUUGGCUGGAGAAGUUGCUUGCUUGCUGCUUCAUUCGCAAACAAAAUAAAGAUCCCAAACACUCGGUGUACUUGGUCGACAAAACUGUACACCUAGCUGUGCGGACGUGGAUGGAGAUCAACGAGACGCCGACCCGCAAGCUUGAACGGUACAACAAAAUCCUGUCUAUGCUGUACAGAAGCUACGAUUCUAGAAAGAGAAAGGAACAGAAAAAGAGGAAGCGCAAAGCUUCGAGAGAACAAAAGCCAUUUGCCAGUUUUAAGGACAUUCUCAUACCACAUUUCAACAGUUUCGUCGAAUAUGUCAAAACUGUUCCAGAGCAGAUUGAUUUCCCACUAUAUGAUCGAGCUGUUCAGGCGGUCCUGAUGUUCUCAGAUGUUCUCUUGCACGAAGGCCACGUUGAGACUGCUGUCGUGGUUCUAGAGUUUACCAAGAGACACUUCAAACUGGACGGCCUUCAAAGGUCACACGAAGAUGAAAAGGAGGAGGACAUCCGAAGCACGGAUAAGAAACAACUGGAGAUUGAUGAGAAAAAGCUGAGGCGCCGACGUAGUGUAUACUUCCAGCUUGGCAAACUUCUAGCGAAGGCUUAUCGCCUUCGAGCGAAAGACGAAAAGUCGCGUGAACUCCAUUACUUCAAAGAAGCAGAAAAGCUGAUUGAUUGUUUGCAGCGGAAGAUUGCAAGCGGCGAUGACACAGUGGUGUGGGCAGGGAGGGAAAUACGUGCGUGGGAGUUAGAACUAGAAAUGAUACGCGUGUUCGGGGAGAGCAAACAAUUCGACAAAGCCUGGACUAGGUUCAAAAGUGUUUCGAAUAUCGGGGUAAAGGUCAAAAACCACGAAGCAGUGCUGCCGCAGCCUAUAGGUGCUUCGCAUAGUUCAAAAGACGAACAGGAGCUGCGUAGACUUGCAAUCCGAGCAAAACGGGAGGAGUGCUUACUGAACUUCGCUCACGGGCAGAAACACGACUUCAACGACAAGAAGAGGAUGGCGAGGCGCAGUUGGAAAGCUGCACACGAUGCCUGUAUCUGCUCAAAGAUCGCUGUGCAACAAUGGUUUUCCACGGACGAUACGUUGAACUUUGAGAUUGAGGAGGACGAAGCGAAGAUAUUGGUGAGGCUUGGCAGCAAGGAGAACUUAGACACUGCCGAGAUGAUCUUCGAGAGAGUCUUGCGUUCAUGUUCUGAAGGAGGUGAGUAUGCUUGCGAACACAAAGCCUGGGAUAUACAAUCUAGACUUGCUGAGAUCAGGCUCAAGCGAAGGAACCCUGGGGAUCUUGAGAGCGCUAGGGAGUCGUUGGAAGAGCUGGUAAAGGUUACUCGCGCUUCUCUUGGAGUUCAGAAUGUUUUGACGGACCGUUGUGCUGAACUAUUGAUCGAGGCACUCAGAGCGAAGAGGAAGACAAAGAAAGCUGUAGAGCUUGAGAAGGAUACAAAGGAAGCUUUUGAGCUCGAGAAGGAAUUUGGUAAAUCACCUCGCUUCGAGAAGCACUCCCAGUGGACUAGAUGGCUGCAGGAAGGGACGAGAGAGUUUUGGUAUCAUAUACUUGGCUUCGGUGUUCUUGUGAUGAUAGCCUGGAUGCUAGGAGUGUAG